AAGAGGCAGGAAGCGGCGCGAGACGCGGGGGCCGGCAGCUGGCCCAGCCGGGUACCCCCUUCGUUGUCAGUAAUCAGAGCCGCCCCCGGAUCUCCGGAGCUGGAGUCGGCGUUGGCGGAGAGGAGGAGGUGGUCACGGCCCUCCAUGUGCUCGGGAGCUCUCAGCCUCUCUGGAUCGCCAUGGGCUUUUCCGGGGAUGUAGGGAGCUAGGCUCCGAGGCUGGGCCCUGGCGGCUGGGAGGGAGCGGGGCGCGGCGCCCCGAGGAUGGAGAGAGCGAUGGAGCAGCUCAACCGCCUGACCCGCUCGCUGCGCCGCGCCCGCACCGUGGAGCUGCCUGAAGAUAAUGAAACUGCUGUCUAUACAUUAAUGCCAAUGGUUAUGGCUGACCAGCAUAGAUCUGUUUCAGAAUUAUUAUCCAAUUCAAAGUUUGAUGUCAAUUAUGCCUUUGGACGGGUGAAAAGAAGCUUACUUCACAUUGCUGCAAAUUGUGGAUCAGUUGAAUGCUUGGUUCUGCUGUUAAAAAAAGGAGCAAAUCCUAACUAUCAAGAUAUUUCAGGGUGCACACCCCUUCAUCUGGCAGCUAGAAAUGGGCAAAGAAAAUGCAUGAGUAAAUUAUUAGAGUACAGUGCAGAUGUCAACAUUUGUAAUAACGAAGGACUGACUGCAAUCCACUGGUUGGCUGUAAAUGGAAGAACAGAACUACUUCAUGAUCUUGUGCAGCAUGUCAGUAACGUGGAUGUUGAAGAUGCAAUGGGACAGACAGCAUUGCAUGUUGCAUGCCAGAAUGGUCAUAAGACAACAGUGCAGUGCCUGCUAGACAGUGGCGCUGAUAUUAAUAGGCCAAAUGUGUCUGGAGCUACCCCACUGUAUUUUGCUUGCAGUCAUGGUCAGAGAGACACAGCACAGAUCCUUCUUUUACGAGGAGCAAAAUAUCUGCCAGAUAAAAAUGGAGUAACCCCUCUGGAUUUGUGUGUACAGGGUGGCUAUGGCGAGACUUGUGAAGUAUUAAUUCAGUAUCAUCCUAGGCUUUUCCAGACAAUAAUUCAAAUGACACAGAAUGAAGACCUUCGAGAAAAUAUGUUGCGACAAGUUUUGGAGCAUUUGUCUCAGCAGAGUGAAAGCCAAUACCUAAAGAUUCUGACAAGUCUUGCUGAAGUUGCCACAACCAAUGGUCAUAAACUGCUUAGCCUGUCUAGCAAUUAUGAAGCACAAAUGAAGAGUCUCUUAAGGAUUGUGAGGAUGUUUUGUCAUGUCUUUCGAAUUGGCCCAUCCUCUCCCAAUAAUGGAAUUGAUAUGGGCUACAAUGGGAAUAAAACUCCAAGAAGUCAGGUGUUCAAGCCUUUGGAGUUGCUCUGGCACUCAUUAGAUGAAUGGCUAGUGUUAAUAGCCACAGAGUUGACGAAAAAUAAAAAGGACUCAACCAACAUCACAUCUAUUUUAUUGAAGCAAAAGGGGCCUGAUCAGCAAGAUACUACUUCCAUACCUUCAUUUGGCAGUCCAGGAACUGGGAGCAGAGAAAAUCUAUCCAUUGACACAGGGGAAUCUAAACCAGAUGAUGUUGCAGGGAAGCAGGAAGCUAGUGCGGAUUGUCAGGAUGUUAUCUCCAUGACAGCUAACCGGCUAAGUGCUGUCAUUCAGGCUUUUUAUAUGUGCUGCUCUUGUCAGAUGCCUCCAGGAAUGACUUCACCUCGUUUUAUAGAAUUUGUAUGCAAACAUGAUGAAGUUCUUAAAUGCUUUGUUAAUCGAAAUCCCAAAAUAAUUUUCGACCAUUUUCACUUUCUCCUUGAGUGUCCCGAACUGAUGUCAAGGUUCAUGCAUAUCAUAAAAGCACAGCCUUUUAAAGAUCGUUGUGAGUGGUUCUACGAACAUUUGCAUUCAGGGCAAUCAGAUUCAGACAUGGUACACAGGCCAGUGAAUGAAAAUGAUAUCCUGCUGGUUCACAGAGAUUCUAUUUUUAGGAGUAGCUGUGAAGUUGUGUCUAAAGCAAAUUGUGCAAAGCUAAAACAGGGGAUUGCUGUACGUUUCCAUGGAGAGGAAGGCAUGGGUCAAGGGGUUGUACGGGAGUGGUUUGAUAUUUUAUCUAAUGAGAUAAUUAACCCUGAUUAUGCACUGUUCACCCAAUCAGCUGAUGGAACAACUUUUCAGCCUAAUAGCAACUCAUAUGUCAAUCCUGAUCACUUGAACUAUUUCCGAUUUGCUGGACAGAUCUUGGGUUUAGCUUUGAACCACAGGCAGCUGGUCAACAUUUACUUUACGAGAUCAUUCUACAAGCACAUUCUUGGUAUUCCUGUAAAUUACCAGGAUGUGGCAUCUAUUGAUCCAGAAUAUGCAAAAAAUUUGCAGUGGAUACUGGAUAAUGAUAUUAGUGAUUUGGGUCUAGAAUUAACCUUUUCUGUUGAGACAGAUGUGUUUGGAGCAAUGGAAGAAGUGCCUUUGAAACCUGGGGGUGCAAGCAUUCUUGUGACACAAGACAACAAGGCAGAAUAUGUCCAGCUUGUUACUGAGCUCCGAAUGACAAGAGCCAUUCAGCCUCAGAUCAAUGCUUUCUUACAGGGCUUCCACAUGUUCAUUCCGCCUUCCCUUAUACAACUUUUUGAUGAAUAUGAACUGGAGUUACUGCUUUCUGGUAUGCCAGAAAUUGAUGUGAAUGAUUGGAUAAAAAAUACAGAAUAUACAAGUGGCUAUGAAAGAGAUGAUCCAGUUGUUCAGUGGUUCUGGGAAGUUGUGGAAAGCAUAACUCAAGAGGAAAGAGUGCUUCUGUUGCAGUUUGUUACUGGCAGUUCCAGGGUCCCACAUGGUGGCUUUGCUAAUAUCAUGGGUGGAAGUGGAUUGCAAAAUUUUACGAUAGCUGCUGUGCCCUACACUCCAAAUCUGCUACCAACGUCAAGUACAUGCAUCAACAUGCUCAAGUUACCUGAAUACCCAAGUAAGGAAAUCCUUAAGGACAGGCUGCUUGUGGCAUUACACUGUGGAAGCUAUGGUUACACGAUGGCAUAAUGAAGUCUACAAAACUCAUCUGCCUACUGAGGCGUGAUUCAAAGUGGCAGAAGUCAUUUAGGAAACCAUUGACAGAGAAGCAGCCUAAAGUCAGCCCAGGGGCAGGGCUGCUGUGUAAAAUUCCUAAAGGAGCCUUUUUCUUUCUUUCAUUGUAUGUUUGUUGAAGUUUGUGAUAAAAUUACAGAAAAUUUUAAAUUACAAUAGAUUUCAUUUGUAAAUAAAUAUAUAUAUAUAUAUAUUUACAUGUAUAUAGUUUUAUAUUUGAAAUAGCUCUUUUCCUUAUUCAUGUUGCCUUAAUCUGCAUCAAAUGUGUUAAGUCAGUCCUGUUGUACAUUCCACUUCUGCCAUUUAACUGUUAGGCUUUAGAGGAUGGUUUUUGUUUGUUUGUUUUUCCAUUUUUUGUUCUCAACUUGAAUCCUAUACAGACUCUCCUAGGCUUGUAUAUUUUGUUGCAUGCAAAGUGCCAUUUAUUUUUUUUUUUGAGAAAAAAAUAUAAAAUGGGUUGAAUUUGAUUGUGUAUAAAACCACAAAUAUGUAUUUUCUCACAUUGUAUCUAUAUUGCAAUGAUGUUUUUUAAGCUUUUUAAUAUUUUAAUAUAUAAAGUUAAGACCAAUGUCAUUGAUAAAUAGGUGAUAAAAUGGCAUCUAAUUUACAUAUUAAAGUUUACACUAUAUUGGACUAGUUAUUUGUGUCUUAAUUGGUAAAUGUGCCACGUGUAUGUGUCAAUUUAUAUACUCAUAUGCAUUUAUACACAUGUUCUCAAAUCUCUUAUACUUGGGUUUAGCUUUCAGUUGUAUUUGAGGUAAAAUUUAAAUGUAAUAUUUUAUCAUAAUUCUUUUAACCAGUCAGUUUUGUUUUUACUUGAGUUCUGAGGACAUGCCUAUGGAAUGAAUUAGAAUGGCACAUAUAAUUUAAAAUGUAUUUUUAUUUUUGCAUAAAGUUAUCUUUUUAAAUUAACAAGCUCAGCACGUAUGUUUAUUUUACUACUUACUGCAAAAUUAAAAUAUAUAAGCUUUUACAUUUUAAAAUACCUUUUAUCUGUUUUCUUUUAGAAAACACAUCUGAAGAGGUUUAAUGAAUUUCAAGAAAAAAAUAAAAGAGGAUUGGACAGAACUUGUCUUCUUACAGGAUUUAACUAAAGAAAUGUUCUAGUGUUAAGAUCUUUAUCUUUUAUAUCUGGAAAUUAGUAACAAUAAUAUUCCAUGACUUUUAGGGUACUGUUGCUUACCCAUAAAAGAACUUUUAAAUAUUAGAAGAAUGAUUUAUAUGCAAAUUUUGCCACCAGUGAAGAAAUGAAAUAUUUGUUGCUUGUUUUUGUGAUAUUUUAAAAAUGUUACUGGGAAAAGGCAAAAUGCUGGGAUAAAAAAUAAGUUAGAAAAAAAAAAGAAACUUUCCCAAAUUUUAGUCAAUCGGAACUACGUUUUUCCUAUGGAUUUUUGUGUACACA